AUGCCAAAGCAAUCCAAAAAGAAGAGCAAAUCCUCAUCCCAAACAACCUCCGAAAAAGCAUCAGAACCAGCCAAACCAAAAGAACUUCCAGCUUCGUUGAAAGAACACGAAGAGAGUGAAACAUCCAUCAAGAGAAAAGUCAAAAAACUGGCCAAUUAUUUGAAAGAAGCCAAACAUGUAGUGAUUUAUACUGGAGCUGGUAUUUCAACAAGUGCACAAUUGAGUGAUUAUCGUGGGCCGAAAGGAGUUUGGACUGCAAUGGAAUAUGGUGUUGAGGAAUAUGAAGGUGUGGAAAUUGAGCAAGCUGUUCCUACCUAUUGUCACUAUGCCAUCACACAUUUGGUCAAGAAGGACUAUGUAAAGUAUGUCGUAUCGACCAAUGUGGAUGGUCUUCAUAAUGUUGAAUAUUGUAACAAGUGUGAUAAGGAAUAUUUGAGAGGAUUUGAUGUUAGUAAGAAUGAAAAGGAUUGGACCAAGCACUUUACUGGAAGAAAGUGUGAAUGUGGUGGCAGACUUAAGGAUAAUAUAAUUCACUUUGAUGAAGAUUUGCCUGAGAAGGAUUUUGAUCAAGCAAUGGAUCAUUCAAAGAAGGGUGAUUUUGCAUUGGUUCUUGGAACAAGUAUGAAAGUUACUCCUAGUUGUGAAUUCCCACUUGAAGUUCUAGAUAAUAAGGGAAUGAUGUGUAUUGUAAAUUUACAGAAAACUGAAUAUGAUAGAUUGGCAACUGUCAGAAUUUUUGGUAAGACUGACUUGUUUAUGCAAUUGUUAAUGACAGAAUUGGAAGAAGAGGAGAAUGUUGAUACUUCAUUUGAUGCUCUGCAAGUGAUUAAUAUUGAUUAG